AUACCCUAUUCUGCCCUAUUCGCAGGUAGAGCAGAAGACCACAGAAAACAACGAAAACCCCAAACCAAAACAAACUUGUGUGUACCUCCAAAUGAUUCAAAAUUCAAAAAGUGCCAAGGCAUUGUGUCACAUGAACCUUCACUGAAUAUGUGGUUUGAUUAAGUCUCCAGAAAACUGUUUUUUUUACAUGAAUGAUAGUCACUUGAAGUAGCAGAAAAAUGAAGAAGCCUGUCACUCAUCAGACAGCAAGAGUUUUAACUCUGAAGAAGCCUAUCGGAAGACCUCCUGAUGUGUCUCGUGUUGAAUCCAGUGGGACAAGUUCUUCAGACCCGCUGUUGUUUGCAUCUCUGGAAAAAGUACACACUCUCGGCUUAGAACAGUACAUCAAUCAAGAAGAUUCAGCGAGUAUUUCUUUUAUGGACAUGUGCAAAAAGUUAGUUAAUUGGAAUUUCUCUCCAGGAGUACUUAAAGAUAAUAUAUAUGCAAUUAAACAAAUGUUAAAUGCCUCACACUUCUGUACUCUGUCUGUUGAUGUUUUUCCAAUUGAACCUGUUAUUCAGUUUGAUCAUGUGUCAGAGGUGUUUACAGGAUUUGUUGCUCCACUUUCAUCAGAGAUGAAAACAGCCAAUGAAGUUAUAGUAUUCAUGAUUCAGGGUUUUGAAGUUGAAUGGAAAUGUUUAGCAGGAUACAUGUUAGUUAAUAUUGAAGAAGAUGGUUGGGCAAUUUGGCAUAUUUUAAAUCAAAUGGUUGUACUGUUGGCCCAGUAUGACUUCACUGUUGUAAAUGUUGUGUUUGGAGAAGGUUGUGGUUUUGAUCUUCUGGACAAUCAUGCCGAUGAAAGUGCAAUCAUGGGUGAUAGUGCAAUUCAACAUCCUUAUUAUCAGAGGGACAUCCUAUGUUUUUCUAAAAGUGUUGAUGAUCUUGCUAAACUAGUUAGUGAAUGUAUUUUGCAAAGCAAUUUUCUUCUCCCUGAUGAAAUUUUGAAUAAGUAUGAGUUAACAGAAAAGUCAUUGAGGCCUGAGCACCUCCAAGUUUUGUUGAGUACUGAAGGAGGUGAAGGACUGUCAUCACAAUCUAUUGCGACUUGGCUGUUUCAAAGGCACAGGGAUUUUCCAGAAGAAGAUAAAAUGCCAGAACUUAAAACUGAAAUAUUUGUUUUGAGAAUGCUAUGGAUGUGGGUAAAUGCAAUGACUUUUAUUUUGCAUGAUGAUAGCUCAGGAUUUUACUCUGUUGAGACACAUGUUCAAACACUUCGCGAUACAUCAAGCAUUUUUGAAGAAUUAGAGAAGGAUAUUAAUCUAAAAAAUAAUGAGCAGCUCUGGAACAGCGUAAGGAGGACAACAUUGUCUGCUCUCUCUUUUUAUGAGCAUUAUGUGGGAAAAGGCCUUGUUAGUUCAAUUAAGUUUAACAGUUUUAGGUGUCAAUCUUUACAUAAUCUGAAAUACCUGGUACAGUGCAGUGAUCUUCUAUCUGAAAAACCAAUGCCUUGCAAUGUACUUCAGUUCCUUCAUUUGGUUAAUUCUGCUCUGUUUUUCCAUCCUAAUUUUGCAGCAAAUGAUUUUGAAGAGGGAGCAUUUCUUUCUGAUUUUUUAAGGCAUAGAAGAAGCCAUCUGCCAGUUGACAUUGAGGAGUCUGAGGAUUUAUCAGACAUGGAGGGACUUGGUCUUUACUACCUGACUAGUCGAGUUGUAACAAAAUGGGUAAAGCAGGUCAACUGUGAAAAAUGUAAAUCAGCUUUAGUAGCAGACCAAGGUAAUCAAAAUAUUCCAUCUGUAUGGAGGGAAGCAGUGGAGUCCAAAGGAUUCCUUCAUCCAUCUGUCUCUGUAUAUGAUACUUUGCAAUGGGCUGAAAGUCAGUUCGUGCACACUGAUGAGGACAUUUUAAGGUUUCAUAAACCUUGCACACAAUUUGCAUUCAGAAUAUAUGGUGAAAUGGCCUUUGGCAUCAGGAAUGCGUUUCCUUCUUGCCAUGAAGUUCUUCGUAAUAUUCUUAAAGCUUUUAUGGGAACUAGACUGAAAAUGGUAGCUGAAGAUCUGACAAAAAGACUGAACUUAUAAAGGUGCAAUGGAGAAAUAUUUAAAAAUUGUUUACUUUGUAUAUUAUUACACAUGUUUUUUAAUCAUAGGAAUAAACUUAUUGACCUAGAAAUA